AGACAAGAACUCGGGCAAUAAAGUCCAUAAAGCAAACAUAGCAGGCUCUGUAAAACCAAAUAGCCGUUGUUUUACUGGGGACAAAGUGAACAAAAAUCCAUCGCCGGACAGCAACUCCAAGUAGAAAAAAAUCGGAUCAAGAACACCGGCUACCAUUAAUGGCGGUCUCUAUACCUGUUCUAGCUCUACUCAUAUCCUUUCACCUAUUAGCCUUCAUUCUCGCCGUCGGUGCGGAAAGGCGCCGUAGCACGGCAAAAGUGGUGCCAGAUGAGUAUGACGAGAGGACGUACUGCGUGUACGGAACGGACGCAUCCACGGCGUACGGAUUGGGGGCGUUUGGGCUGCUUCUCAUCAGCCAAGCGGUUGUGAACGCUGUUACCAAAUGUUUGUGUUUAGGAAGAGGGGCACUGGCUGGGAAAUCUGCAACUCCUGCUCUAUUCUUCUUCUCUUGGGUUUGCUUUUUAGGGGCAGAGGCUUGUUUAUUGGGUGGAUCAGCAAGGAAUGCAUACCACACUAAAUACAGAGGAAUCUUCGGGGGUGACGACUUGUCAUGUGCUACACUGCGCAAAGGCGUGUUUGCUGCAGGAGCAGCAUUGACAAUUCUCUCAAUGAUUUGCUCCACUCUGUACUAUUGGUCACAUUCCAAGGCUGCCAAUGGUGGUUGGCAAAAGCACCACAAUGAAGUUGAAGUGAACAUGUCCAGCUUGCCCGAAUCUACAGGAAAGAAUGGUCAAUCGGUUUGAAACAAUUUUUCAUCAUUCUGGUUUGGAUAUGUGAUGAGUUUAUUUUUCAAACCAUGGGAAGCACUUUUAAAAACAUUUGGAGGUGGUACUUGCAACAUAUGUCUAUAUUAUUAGGGCAAUUCUACUAUACUUUUAAGGUAUCGUAGCUUGUGUAUGUGGACCAAUUAGACUAUAGUAGUGAAGUACGGAGUAAUAAUUUAAAUAUGAAUAAAUGAUGAAAUACUACAUGGGCCGUUGUAGAUACGCUAACCUCAAUUGUGAAUGGAGUACUGUAGCAUUGACCAUAUUAUUAUUGUUGUGAAUGAAGUGUGUACAAAAGAAACGUGCACCCAAAAUUCUGUGCUUCUAUGUGUUGAUACUUAUUUGCAUGCAUGCAUGCACUUGACCGCACACGUUGGCC